AUGAACUGCCCCCCCUUGUCCUCUCCGGUGCCGAGCGACGUCCGACGGAAAGGUCUUCUCCUCCUCCCUCCUCUCCGACGACGAGCGGCCGACCUCUGUGCUCUCCGGCGCCGAGCGACGUCCGACGGCAAGCUCCGCUCCUCCUUCCUCCUCUCCGGCAUUUUAUUGCAGGUGGGCGGCGGACGUGGUGGGAGGAGCGGGCAGGGCGGGAAGGAGGAGGAGGAGCGGCUGCCUAUGGUGUUCACGCCAGAGCAGCAGCAGUACACGCUGGAGCUGGACCAGAAGGCGGCCUCCCUGAGGCGCUCGAUCCAGGAUCUACGGCUCCGGAUAGAGAUGGGCCCACCUCUAGCUCCGGAUACCUCCCGCACACAUCUCUCAGCGCCUCCCCCACCUCCACGCUCACACCCUCACCUCCAACGCCGCCCUCGCCCUCCAACUCAACUCCCACUCCGCCACCCGAGAACAAGUGUUGGUUUACCACAGGCACCAAAAAAUGUGCGGCUUUUUUCCUAUAAUGAGUUGAAGUCAGCAGCACGGAACUUUCAUCCGACAAACAGAAUAGGUCGUGGAGGGUUUGGAGUCGUAUAUAAAGGAACAUUGAGGGAUGAAACAGAGGUUGCAAUAAAGACACUGUCUGCUGAAUCAAAGCAAGGAACGAAUGAGUUUCUGACUGAGAUUGAUAUGGUAUCAAAUAUUAGGCAUCCUAAUCUUGUUCAACUGAUGGGGUGUUGUGUUGAAGGCAGGAACAGGAUUUUGGUUUAUGAGUAUCUGGAGAACAAUAGUCUAGCAAAUGCUCUACUUGGUCCAGCGAAUAAGCGGAUUGCUUUGGAUUGGCCCAAAAGAGCUGCUAUUUGUGCGGGUACAGCUCAGGGUCUUGCAUUUCUCCAUGAGGAAGCCGAGCCACAUAUUGUCCAUCGAGAUAUCAAGGCUAGUAAUGUUUUACUUGACAAAGACCUAGCCCCAAAAAUUGGAGACUUUGGUCUAGCUAAGCUUUUUCCUGACAAUGUCACUCACAUUAGCACACGUGUGGCAGGAACUAUUGCAUGUACAUUUAAUUAUCUCAAGUCAGUUAAUGAAAUCUACAUUUCUUUCCAAAUUAGGCAUUUUGCCUAAAGGAAUCCAAAGCCUGGAGAGAUGCUAUCUAAGCAAAAUAUUCCCUUCAACAUCCAUGGUGCUCCUAUCAUUUUGCCUACUUCCUAUGAAGAUAUGGUUCAAAAAUACCAGGCCGCGUUGCAAUUGCUUGGAGCUUUCCUGCUUCAGUUUGUGUUGCUGCAAUCAGGGUGUUUCAUGCUUCAAACCACAAUGUUGUAGCUGGGGAUUCCCCUGCUCCAAACUACAAUGUUGUGGCUGGGGGUUUCCUUUCUCCAGACCAUGCUGUGUCCUUCCAAGCCUCUCCUGCCCUAAGUACUCCUGUGGCUGUAUCUUAUCCUGUCCAAGAUGUACAGAGGUACGCCUGUGCCCAAGAUGCACCAAACCUGGCUGUACUACCGGAUGUCUAUGUUAGGUUAGAUCAUGUAAAUGAUCAAUGUAAAUAUUAUCUACGCUAUGUGGCUUGUGACGGAUCCAUAGCCCACCUGAUCAAUGUAAAUGAUCGAGUUGUCAAUAUCCUGCUUUAGACUUUAUGUCUAGGUCUUUUUUAUGUGGAUGGAUAAAAUGCAGAGAGGUAUGUCGUGUGAUACCAUGAACGUAGACAAAUAAUGAGUUUUGUAAACAUUUCUUAUCUUGUAAUCAGUGUUCAAGUCUGCACUAUGAAGUGUUUGUAAUACAGGUUCGUA